CGGUGGUAAACGCCACCUGUCAUAUACGCGCACGCAACAAUCACAGCUACACGUCUUAUGUUCUAACGUGCAAAUUAAGAUAUGUGAUAUAUGUCCUAAGCUUGUCGUCCUGACUCGUCCAGCAAACAUUCACAACACCAGAGGUGAAUUAUGACAUAAUUUGUCAUUAUUCACCCCUGAUAACACGUCACGCUGACGUAAAUACAUUAUGUGCUAGUACUGGGCUCGGUUACUUCUAUUAAACAAUCCAUUUACACAACAUCUGAAUAUAAUAUAAGGAUUUCCUAUAGGAUUUCCUAAGGAAUAUAAUAAUAAGGAUUUCCACUUAGCUGUCUUCGUGCUAACAAAUAUCAGUUUUUCGGUUCGAAAAAUCUAAAAGUUUGCUAUAAAAUGCGUAGCUCUCAGCUGUGAGUAUCAGUUACCGACUUAAACUGAAAAAAAAGCUAGAGCAAUACGUUAACAAGAUAGAGGCCACAAUCGCUAGCAUGAUGAACAUAUCUAUAGUUUAUAUAGACGUACUUCAUGCUAGCAGCUAGUGUCGUGUAUAGGCCGGGUCGCGAUGCUGGUGGAAAGAUAACGAAACCUGUAACGGCCAAUCUGCCUUUAAUGCGGAUGCGCUACCUUUAAUUUGCUGAUUGUUCUUUUGUUUAGGAUGCGCAGCGCGCGCAGGGCCUUUGUCAUUGUGAGUUGUAAGCAGAGAAGCUUCUUGCGAAGCGUCCUGUAUUUUCGCAGAUAUUUUGUCUUAACAAGAGCUUAGAGGACAUAUGGAUCGUAAAUCUAACUAAGUCUACUGGCUGCUUCGAUGUUGGUAUUUUCGACCUGUGUUAAGAGGACGACAUUUCGGCAUCUGUGAGAUUACAUCAUUUACGAUCCUGCCGUUAGGAAGAUCAGGAGCUUACGUUUAUGGAGGAUAAGCUUCGAAGGAGUGGAAGAGUAAGGCGACUCACUAUGGAAGGUCAGGAGUACGAGAUGGAACGGUGCUCAAAGCGUUUGAACGCCGCUGUCACGAAGGUGAACUUGUUGCUGGAGAGUAUUACCAUCAGUAUCAGCAAUGGUACUAAGGAUGUGGGCAGUGUUCGAAGGGAAUAUGGAACUUGGCUGAAGGCCUAUGAGCAGUCGCUCGUUGUGCAAGAGGAGUACCAAGCCCACAUGGACGGAGACGGUAAGGUCAGGGAAGAUGAGAACUCUGGUGAGGCCAAUGAGCAGUACCGUAAGUUCAAGGCCAAGGUAGAAAGGUGGUUGUUAGAUAAUGAAAAGCAGGAGCCUAUGGGCUUGGACUCUGAUCAGGAUGAGCAUCAUGUUAGUGCCUCACAAUCUGGCAGUAGGGGUUCAGGUAGUAGCGGAGGUAGCUCUAGGCUGAGCGAGAUGAUGGUUAAGGCCGAACAGGAAAAGGCAGAAAUUAUGGCGAAAACGGCGGCCUUGAAAGAAAGGCGUGAAAUGGAACAGGCUAAGGUGGACUUAACAAUGAAAGAAGAGGAGCUUGAGCUUAAGGUUCAGUUGGCUGUGGCGGAGGCAAAGGCAAAGGUUUUGGAGAACUUUGGUUCAGCUGCGUCGCAUUACUCACGAGUCUCUAGUAGGUCACGUAGGAGUCUGACCCAAAAACCGAAACUGGCGGAACUUGAUAAACACGCGAAACCCGAGACCGCCGCCAAUGUCACAGACGCGUCGGCCACGUCAAUCGCAGAAGUGGCUAGGGAACUGAAGAAACCGCAGGCUGAGAUUCGAAAAUUUAGUGGGAGUCCUUUAGAUUACCGGAAAUUCUUGAGGCAAUUCAACUCGAGAAUUACCGCAUACACGGAUAACGACGAUGAACGCCUGUGUUUCUUGGAACAGUACACUACAGACGAGGCACGCAGAAUUGUUCAGGGUUAUUCGCAUCUAGCUGGAUCCGUUGGUUAUAAGGCAGCACUACAGGAGCUGGAGACACGCUACGGUGACCCUGAGGUGAUAGGCUCUGCCUAUGUGCAGAAGGUACUGCGCUGGCCAAGCAUCAAGCCUGACAAUCCUAAGGCAUUGGACGAAUACGGCGUCAAGUCAUGUCAUUGA